AUGCAGUCCAACUUGAAAGCAGAGGCGCUGGGAAAUAUUGCUUGGUGGGGUUUCACGCCAGCGGUGGAUCUGCUCGCCAGCUACACUAAAUGCUUUGAUUCCAGGCUACCAAUAAAUGAUGCAUUUCCUGCAGAUCAGGUGAAUGUCUUAUUGGUUGGUGGAGGAGAUAGUAGACAUAUCUUACAAACCAUGGCAAACGUGGCCGCGGACUCAGUGGCGUCAGCUAAUGUAACUCAAUUGUCGGAGAAAUCGUUUAACAAUAAAUUCAGUUUUUUAUAA